AUAGCGUAUCUCUAGGAGUAGCGGAUAGUUCGAUAGUUCGCGCGGCAAAUAAAGAAAACAUAAAGUUUUAAAUUUUUCUACUACGCCUCCUAAUUAUAUACAUGUGUUAUAGAUAGGUUAUUUGUUCGUUGCUCACGUUUAAGAUUAUACCAAUUACCGAUAGGCCGAGUGAAUUUAAAAUUUUUUACGGUAUAACUCAAAUUUAUACUUCAAGAUCAUAGUAAAGGAACUUGGUAUGAUAUAAAUAUUUAAGUCUAAAACAAUUAUUAUAUUAAGCAGGGAAUAAUAUUUAUAGAUUAAUAUUUGAUAGAAAAAUGCAAGUGGAUUUACAAAAGCGUGAAAACACUCAAACUACAAUAUUAGCAUUAUUAAUUACACAUAAAGGAGGAUGUACUGUAAAGCAGCUAAGUAAUGAUUAUUAUGAGUUAGAGGGUGAACAUAUACCAUGGAAAGAUUUAGGAUACAACUCUUUAUUAAGUUUUCUACAUAGUAUGUCAAAAACAGUACAAAUAGAACGUAGAGAUAAUACAAUUAUUAUACAUGGUAUUGCAUCAGAGAAAUCCAAACACGUUAGUAAAUUAAUAGCUGGCCAAAAAACUCAGAAACCUUCAAUUGGAAGAAAAACACAUAGACCAAAUCAUUAUUUUCCUACAACUGCCCCUAAUAGAAUUCGUAUACCAGCUGAGAUAUUAAGCAAGGUAAUCAGUUUAGUUAAAGAUAAACCUAAUGGUUUAAAUAAGGAUUAUAUACUUCAAGAAAUCCAUUCACGCAUGCCUUUCGUGAAAAUUACUAUGAAAGAAAUGGAAGAACAGUUACAAGAAUUAUCACAUAGAAUUUAUCAAACGAAUAAUAAGAUUUAUCCAAACCAAUCUAAAGUUAAGAAUUUUAAUAAUUUAAAAGGCCGCAAUGAUAUGUCCCACUCUAAAUCCAAAUUGUCAGUUAUCACUGCUGCUGGAAAUGAAGAUUCAGAUGAUACGUUAGAUUGUGAAGAUGUCCUUGAGGUUACACAUCUCAAUCGGACAUCUAAACCUGAUUACACAAAGUCAAAUACAAAGAAAAAAUCUACAUCUAGUUUCAUAAAGCAAACUAAAUACCAAGAUCAAGAAACGCAACACAGUAAUAAUAUUAAAACGAAAUUUGAUGAUGAUAUAAUGAAAGAUAAAGAAAACGUUUUAGAUGAGAAAGAUAUUGAAAUACUUAUAAAUGAAAGAAUUAAAUUUCGUUUGGAAAACCUUAUUCAAAACCACUCUGAUGGGAUUUGGUGUGCUGAUCUACCAGAAAAAUAUUUAGAAGAAUAUAAAGUUCCUUUGAAUUAUGCAGAACUUGGUUUUAAUAGCGUUAGAGAAUUUGCAUCACAGUUACCUGAAAUCUUUCAUUGCAUUCAACCUCGUGACACAGGAGAUUUCAUGCUUUAUUAUGCAAAGAGGGAAAUACCUUCAAAUAAACUAACAAAGAAACAUGAAGCUAAUAAUAUUGCACAGUGGCAUGAUAUUUAUGAAUCAAGUAAUGAAGAAGCAGUUCCAGCAUCAGUGUCGCUCGAUACAUGUAAGAAGCUAAUACCAGAUAAUGUAAUGAGUAUUGGAGACUAUGUAGGUUGCAUAAACGUUGCAGAUUUAGAACAGAAUGAAGAACCUUUUAUAGAAGUUAUUGUUGUAGAAGUCUUCACACCUUCAUUCUUUUGGAUACAACUUCGUAAAAACCAAAAGACAUUUAAAAUGUUCAUGGAUGAUUUACAUAAAUUUUAUACAGUGCAAUAUGAACAAUAUGCAAUUCCACUACUUGUACUAGAAAAAGGCUUGAAUUGUGCAUGUAUAUACAAUGGAAUAUGGCAUAGGGGUAUAAUUAAGGCUGUGAAACCAGAUUUUCAAGUGACUGUAAUGUUUUAUGACUAUGGAACACUGAAAACAUAUUCUCCCGAUGCAAUAUAUUACUUACAUAAAAGGUUUUCUAUCCUGCCAGCACAGGCAAUACCAUGUGGUUUAAUUAACACUAGGCCAUGUACAGGAUCUAAAUGGUCCCGUAGUGCUACUCAUCAUUUUGCACUAAGAACAUCUGAUAUACCUUUAGUUGCAACAAUUGCAACAAUUAAUAAGGAGGAUAAUUCAAUGAUGGUAAAUUUGACUGACACAUUAGAAGAUGAAGAUGUGCACAUUAAUGAUUGGUUAGUGGAGCAAAAGCUAGCAGAAUAUGGAAAAAUGGUUUGUAUUAAAAAACGGAAUUUUCCAAUUCGUUAUUACUUAGAGUGUCAAGAACGUUCUAAACGACAAAAAUUUAGCGACAUUUAUAAAAUAAAGGAAAAAUUGUCCAAAAAUUUUGGAAAUAAAAUAAUACAUAAUACAGAUUCUGUCAUAGGCUUAUCUCACAGUAGUAAUUUUAAUGAAGUAAAUAGUAAUAAAGAAGAUUCCUAUAAUAAAUUGAUUUCACAUGGAGGAAAGAGCAAAAGAUCAGAACAUUUUGAAUCGACUAAUUUUUCUAAAAAUGAUUUUUUAAUUGAAAAAAUGCAUGGUUCUGUUACAAAUCCUGAAAAGAAACAUCCAAGAAAAACAGAAUCUUUAUACAAAAUGUUAUUAAAUCUUAAAUUAAGAUCUAUUGAUCCUACCAAAAUUAAUAAUGAUAAUAAUGAUGAUAGUAAUAAUCAAAUUUGUGAGACUAUGACAAAUAAAAAAUGUUUAGAUUCAAGUUCUGUAUUAAAUCAACCGAUUGAACAAAAAUCGUACGAAAAGUCUGUCGUAUCAUGUCAUAAUAAUAUGGAACAUAAUAACACUACAUCUGAUACUUCGUCUAUUGAUCUUUCUGUUAAUAACGGAAAAAAUGGUAAAACGUUAGAUAAUGAAUGCAAUAUUUUAAAAGAGCGUACCAAUAUUUCCAACCAAUAUGGUUCUGUCACAAAUCCUGAAAAGGAACAUCCAAGAAAAACAGAAUCUUUAUACAAAAUGUUAUUACAUCUUAAAUUAAAAUCUAUUGAUUCUACAAAAAUUAAUGAUAAUAAUGAUAAUAGUAAUAAUCAAAUUUGUGAGACUAUGACAAAUAAAAAAUGUUUAGAUUUAAGUUCUGUAUUAAAUCAACCCAUUGAACAAAAAUCGUACGAAAAGUCUGUCGUAUCAUGUCAUAAUAAUAUGGAACAUAAUAACACUACAUCUGAUACUUCGUCUAUUGAUCUUUCUGUUAAUAACAGAAAAAAUGGUAAAACGUUAGAUAAUGAAUGCAAUAUUUUAAAAGAGCGUAUCAAUAUUUCCAACCAAUAUGGUUCUGCCACAAAUCCUGAAAAGGAACAUCCAAGAAAAACAGAAUCUUUAUACAAAAUGUUAUUACAUCUUAAAUUAAAAUCUAUUGAUUCUACCAAAAUUAAUAAUGAUAAUAAUGAUAAUAGUAAUAAUCAAAUUUGUGAGACUAUGGCAAGUAAAAAAUGUUUAGAUUCAAGUUCUGUAUUAAAUCAACCGAUUGAACAAAAAUCGUACGAAAAGUCUGUCGUAUCAUGUCAUAAUAAUAUGGAACAUAAUAACACUACAUCUGAUACUUCGUCUAUUGAUCUUUCUGUUAAUAACAGAAAAAAUAGUAAAACUUUAGAUAAUGAAUGUAAUAUUUUAGAAGAGCAUAACAAUAUUCCUAAACAAUAUGCUAAUCAUUUUGAUAUUCAAGAAUCAGAAGACGAAGUAUAUAUUAGUGAUGUAAAAAAUGUUACUGAUGCACAUGAAGUAUGUAUAACAGAGAACAUAGAUUGGUCUAUUAUUUUGAAAAAUGCAUUGCAAGAAAAGAACUAUAUAACACAAAAAAGUGAAUCUAAAAUAUCUCGUGAAACAUCUAUUAGGAAACAAAGUAAUGUACCAUUAGCUGAAAAUUCUUUCUUGAAAGUAGUAUAUAAUAGUUCUUAUUCUGCUUUGCAUGAUAAAGAUAUACACUGGUCAUCAACUGGAAAUAUUUCUAAAAUGUCAAAUGUAUCUCCAUUAAUUUUAGAAAAUAUUGAAAGACGUAAAAAGCGCAUAAAAAAUAAUGUAAUAAUUGCUAUAUCACAAAAAAUGUUAGGGAUGUUGAUAGACGAAAAAUUAUAUGAUGCAUCUAGAAAUGUAAAAGAUACUCAACCUAUGAAUUUAUCACAGAAAACUAACAAUACUAGUGUUGAAAACGAUACUAGUUUAAUUGUUUUAGAAAAUUAUGAACAAAAUGAUUACAUUUGUACGAAAACCAUUACUUCCAAGCAAAAAUUAUUGGAGAAAUUAUCAUCAAUAAAAGAUAUAUCAAAUGACAAUUUAAGUUUAGAUUCGGACGAUUUAAGCACAUUAACAGAAUCUACAUCAUUUCAUUGUAAUAUUGAUGGUAAUAAUAAUAAUAAAUGUAAAAAGUAUGAAAGCAAUACGAACAUUCAUGAAAGUACAUCAAAUGAAUCUUGGUCAGAGAUUGAUGUUGAAUGUUCUGUUAAAACAGAAGCAAUAAAUUCAAACACACAGGAAUUCCUUAAACCUAUGAUCAACAAUUCGGAAGUAUAUGAGAAAGAAGAAAUAUCCACAUCUGCAGAUAACCCAGAAGAUCUGACCCUGUUAUCAUCAACAUCAUCACAGCUAUCAACAACAGAAAAAUCAGAUUUGAUAGAAAAUAUUAAUUGUUCAGAAGAAUCAUCGUUGAAUGUAGAAGUAAAAGAAUCAGUAGAAUCAAUGAAUAUAGAAAUAAAAAAAUCGGUAGGAUCAAUGGAAAAAUCAUUAUUGAGUGAAGAAACUAGACAAACGGAAGUGGUAUCGGUCGAAGAAUUAAUAAAAUCUAACACAGUAAUUGAAAAGUCCGACAUACCGGUUUUUAAUGAUGUUGAUAUAGAAUCUGACGAAGAAGAAGAACAAUUGGAUGCACAUAUAUCAUAUGCUGAGCUUUCUAAUCUUCCUAAAACUACGUUUAAUGAGAGCACUCAAAUUAAACUCAGUGACAAUGAAUUUGACUCACGUUUAAGUACAGUAGAAAUAAACGAUUUAAAUUCAAUUGAGGAUGGAAAUUGUAUAGAAACCUAUACAAAUAUAGAAGGUGAUACUUAUGAAGUUAUGUAUUCAGAUAGAGUCAGUAAUCAGGAAGAUAAAAUGGAAGACUUGACAAAUAAAAGUAUUAAAUUUGAAAGUCAUAUACCCGUAAUACAUUCUGAAAACAAUUCAGAGAGAAGUAAUAAAUAUAUGUCUAAUCUAAAUUAUACAUCACAAGGUAAAGCGAAAACAUUAGUAGAAAUGUUAAAUAAUAAAUGUAAACAGUAUGAAAAUGAUACAAACAUUCAUGAAUGUACAUCAAAUGGAUCUUGGUCAGAAAUUGACAUUGAAUGUAAAAAAUAUGAAAGCAAUGCAAACAUUCAUGAAAGUACAUUAAAUGAAUCUUGGUCAGUGAUUGAUGUUGAUUGUUCUGUUAAAACAGAAGCAAUAAAUUCAAACUCACAGGAAUUCUUUAAACCUACGAUCAACAAUUCGGAAGUAUAUGAGAAAGAAGAAAUAUCCACAUCUGCAGAUAACCUAGAAGAUCUGACCCUGGUACCAACAUCAUCACAGCAAUCAACAACAACAGAAAAAUCAGAUUUAAUAAAAAAUAUUAAUUGUUCAGAAGAGACAUCGUUGAAUGUAGAAGUAAAAGAAUCAGUAAGAUCAAUGGAAAAAUCAUUAUUGAGUGAAGAAACUAGACAAACAGAAGUGGUAUCGGUCGAAGAAUUAAUAAAAUCUAACACAGUAAUUGAAAAGUCUGACAUACCGGUUUUUAAUGAUGUUGAUAUAGAAUCUGACGAAGAAGAAGAACAAUGGGAUGUACAUAUAUCAUAUGCUGAGCUUUCUAAUCUUCUGAAAAGUGGGAGUAUUCAAAAUAAAUUCAGUGACAAUGAAUUUGACUCACGUUUAAGUACAGUAGAAAUAAACGAUUCAAAUUCAAUUGAGGAUGGAAAUUGUAUAGAAACCUAUACAAAUAUAGAAGGUGAUACUUAUGAAGUUAUGUAUUCAGAUAGAGUCAGUAAUCAGGAAGAUAAAAUGGAAGACUUGACAAAUAAAAGUAUCAAAGUUGAAAGUCAUAUACCCGUAAUACAUUCUGAAAACAAUUCAGAGAGAAGUAAUAAAUAUAUGUCUAAUCUAAAUUAUAAAUCGCAAGGUAAAGCGAGAAGAUUAAUAGAAAUGUUAAAUAAAGCGAAGUUAUUGCAAAAGGAUCGUUCAUAUAAAUAACA